CUCUCUCUCCAUCCCCCCUUCUCUCUCUCUCCUCAGUGACGUAAAAGAAUCUCGUCUCUUCGCGGAGAGGAGAGCAACAAUGGAAGUCACAAUCUGGAGAUAAAGAAGCCAACGGAAGACAGCAAUCCGGUGUCAUGAGGUCCAGACUGAACAGAGCCCAGGCGAGCUGGAGUCAGGAGGCACCCAAGGGAGCACACCCCUACGAUGAGCUGCACACUCCUCUUCUCCUCGUGUCUCCUCCAAACAUAUCCCAUCAGCCAUCUCUCCUAACACAGACAGUAAAAGAAGAAGAGUCUCCUGCAGGACCUGGUUUAGAUCCAGGUCCAGACUCUGGUCUAAUCCCGGUUCUUCCCAGGAGCAGUCCAGUGGUCUGCAGGAAGAUCAGACCUGUCUCCUGGCAUGGACUAAACCAACUUUCACCAACCAGCAGUCAAACAGAGCAGGAAGAAAAGCUGACUGAGUUUAAGCUGCGUUACCAGGAGGAAAAGUUCAACAAAACAGGGAGAAGUCUCAGCGUCUCUCCCAAGAUCAGCGCCAACGUUUUCAAGUCCACGAAUGAACUGGAGCAGGAGAACGUUCACUUUAUCCUGGUGGACCUGGUGCUGGAGGUUUUGGAAGGAGCAAAAUGGAGACUCAGCUCAAAGUGGGAUCUAGACCAAGACCAAGACCAAGACCAAGACCAAGACCAGGACUUAAACUUAAACUUGAGUCUGCAACAAAUGAGGAAAACCGAUAAACCUGAUCAGGAAGAGCAAGAGCAGAGAGCAUUCUGGGAAACAGAGUCUGAACUGAAGACGCUCUCUGUCCUCUCCACAGACAGCGGCUUUGGAGAUUGUUCUAAUGUGGCACCAAGAGACACCGUUACAAAUGCAGAAGUGUUGGCCCAGCGUUUGGUGCAGUUCUUCAGACAGAGCUGGUGUCCCUCUCGGCCGCACAGAGCGAGGAGCAGUCUGCGCAGUACUCUACGGGAGUUACCAGGAGGGGAGUGUGUUGUGAGCUCAGACCUGAAGGACCAGAUCCAGACCAGGACCCGGAUGAGAGGAACCCUGCGCUGGACGCCCCCUACUGCUCAGAUCAUACUCACUACACACAAACACCACAGACGCAGUGAAGUGGUAGCUGCUCAGAAUUUCCUAUGUGCAGGAUGUGGCACCGAGCUGGAGCCCCGACACAUAAAGAAACUGCGCUUUUGUGAAUAUCUUGGCAGGUAUUUUUGUGCCUGCUGCCACACUGGAGCUGAAGCUGCGAUCCCUGCCAGAGUUCUGUCCUCGUGGGAUUUUAACAGGUAUCCGGUCAGUGACUUCUCCAAGAAUCUUCUGGACUGUGUUUGGUCUGAGCCGGUGUUGGACCUGUCCUUAGUCCCAGCGCACAGAGCCGCCAGAGAACUGCGCAGGUUUAUGGAGCUGCAGGGUCAGUUGGUGGGACUGAGAAAGCUGCUGAGAAGAUGCAGAUAUUCUGAAAGGGUUUUGAAGGAGUUUGAGGUACUUCCUGGUCACCUGACUCAGCAGCCUCCUCUCGUCUCAAUGGCUGAUCUUCUCCGAGUGAAAAAAGGUUCCCUCAUGUCCCAGGCCAAAGCUGUGAGGCACUCUGCUCACCAACAUGUACUGCACUGUCCACACUGCAGGGGGCGCCAUGUCUUCAAUCCUUAAUUCACUCGAAUAAUCCACUUUAGAGUGCUUUGGCUACUGUCUAGAACCCACACCUCACAGCAACAAGUUUCUGGGUUCGAGUCACCCAGGUCUUUGUGUGUGGAGUUUGCAUGUUCUACUUGUGUCUGGCUGGGUUUCCUCCAUCCACCCGAAACACGCACCAUAGGUCACAUCCUCCAGCUAAAGUCCUGAUCAAGACUAGACCAAGAUCUGGAGAUGGUCCCACUGCUCUUGACACAUUUAACUCAGAGACACUGAAGGGCGCCUCAAAUGUAUAGGACACAUACACGGGGACAAGAAAGUGGGUUUAAUUGUGUCAAAUGUUGUUUGGUUUAGCUGUACGUUUGACUGAAAGUUUUUCAUUCUGCACUCUUCUCUCUCAUUUAAUGUCUCUCUCUUUCUUUUUUAAUUUUAUGAUGAUUAUUUAUGUUAUGAUUUGUUUGUAUUGUGAUUUUAAUGUAUUUCUUAUUCUGUAAAGCACUUUGA